AUGCUUGGUGUUGAUGAUCAGUCAAUUUUGCUUGAUUUUGAGGAGGCAGAAAGAUGCAAUCCCAGCCCCUGCAAAGUUAUUGGGAACCGGGUAAUCUAUUCUUCGCGAAAACUCGGAAUUCCCAAGGUACACGGCCGUCCUAUAUUAUCAGAUUUCGGGGAGGCACGGUUUAGCUCGCAAGUAGGUACUCAGUGGGAGGACGUACAACCGUUGAUCUACCGAGCCCCAGAGGUUUUAUUACGGAUGCCAUGGAAUGAGAAGAUUGAUAUCUGGAAUCUCGGAGUUCUCGCAUGGGAUCUUUUCGAGCAGGGGCAUCUUUUCUAUGCCCGCGAUCCUGAGAAGAACAGCUCAGACACCCAUCAUCUCGCAGAGAUGAUCGCAGUUCUUGGGCCACCGCCCAAAGAUAUACUUCAAAAAACUGAUUAUGGGACUAAGUUUUUCGAUAUUAACGGGAAUUGGAAGGGCGCCGCAGAAAUCCCCCCUAUAUCCCUAGAGAAACUGGAGGGUAAUCUGCAAGGCCUGCACCAAGACCUUUUCCUUUGUUUUAUUCGCAAAAUGCUUCAAUGGCGACCUGAGGAUCGCGCCUCCGCAAAGGAGUUACUAUCAGAUCCGUGGUUGAAGUCACCGUAG